AUGUCCAAGAACGUACCCGAGACGAUGUUGGAGGCUCUCGUCCACAGCACGGGAAAGGUCUCAAUCCAUCGAACUGACCUCCCGCAGCCGGACGGUAACGAGGUUUUGAUCGAGGUCUUUGCAGCUGGGAUGAACCCCAAAGACUGGAAAGUGCCGCAAUUCUUCCCAUCGUUCGACGGAACCAACCAAGGCGACGAUAUCGCGGGCGUCGUUCGAAAAGUCGGAUCGGCCGUCAUCAAGUUCAAGCCUGGAGAUCGUGUUGCAGCCUACCACGAUAUGCGCCGACCUGGGGGCGGUGCGUAUGCAGACUAUGCCAUAGCUCCAGAACAUGCGACAUUUCACAUCCCCGCAGUUCUCGACUUUGAGCGUGCCGCAACGAUUCCCCUGUCAUACAUGACGGCGGCGGUGGCUUUGUUUGUUCGGCUUGGCCUUCCCGAGCCUUGGGUUGCUCGAGCUCAUCCCGACAAGCUCCCGGAAGGAGGAAUACUGAUCUAUGGUGGCGCGAGUGCGGUCGGUGCGUAUGCAAUUCAACUCGCACGCUACGCCGGCAUCCACCCCAUCAUUACGGUCGCUGGGAAUGGCCUGCCUCUGGUAGAAAAAUUUCUACAGUCGGACAAGGGCGACGUCGCGAUCGACUACCGCCAAUCCACGCCAGAUCUGAUCAGGGAUCUCAAAACCGCGUUGGCGGGUAAAGAGCUCAAGUUUGCUUUGGAUGCAGUGGCCGACCAAUCCAAGUCAACACGUGACAAUAUUCUUGCAGUGAUGGCGUCUGGCGGGAAUCUGACAACUGUGAUACCAACCGAAUCGGCCAACGAAAAGACUCGGUCAAUCUUCAACGUCAGUUUCACCUCCGUCGGCGUGGUGUUCAACUCUGACCAAGACUUUGGAGAGGUCUGGUUCCAGCUGGCAUCAAGAGGUCUACGAGAAGGGUGGCUUGUGCCCCAUCCAUUCGAGAUGGUCCAGGGUGGGCUCGCGGGCAUUCAAGAUGCACUAAAGAAACUCCAAGACGGUAAGAUUAGCGCGAGGAAGUAUGUCGUAAGAGUCAAAGACACGGUAACCACACCGACAAUGACAUAG